AUGUCGAAGAAAUCCAAGGCUCCGCUUUCCUUGUCUGACUGCCUCUGCCAGAUUUGCAUGGAGAUCUUUAUGGAGCCUGUGACACUGCCAUGCAACCAUACCCUCUGUAAUUCGUGUUUCCAGCUGACAGUUGAAAAGGCCAGUCUCUGCUGCCCGUUUUGUCGACGUCGAGUCUCUUCUUGGGCGCGGUACAAUGCCCGCAGAAAUACUCUUGUCAACUGGGAACUCUGGGAGAGGAUUCAGAAGAAUUACCCAAAGGAGUGUGAGCGCAGGAUUAAUGGGCAGGAUUUGGAAGAGGAAAUCUGUGUCCCCCAUCCACAACACCAGCUGAGCAAGCCUGGGGAAUUGAGGCAGGAAUAUGAAGCAGAGAUUAGUAAGGUGGAGGCAGAAAGGCGAGCACAUGAGCAAGAAGAGAACAAGGCAAGCGAGGAAUACAUUCAGAGGCUUCUGGCAGAGGAGGAGGAAGAACGUAAACUGGCAGAAGAGAGACAGAGAGAGAUGGAGAAACAGCUGAAGCAAGAUGAAGAGUUGGCCUGGCAGCUGAGUAACAGUCUGAAUGAUGAUUCUAGUGGACAUGUGCUCAGCAGUCCUUCACCAGCAGGCAGACUCUCCUGUGAAACAUCCCCAGCUAAUUUGUGCAAGAUGAAGAACAAAUCAAGCAAUUCUGAAGACAUUCAGAAGUACCUGUCUCCAAAGCUUCAUCCUACACCGGGAUCAGGAUCAUUCUCCUCUGCUUUAACAGCAAGAGACAGGAGUGACUGUGGCUCUUUGCAGACCAGUAGCAAUGAAGGCAGCAGUUCUGCAUGGCAAGACAAGGAAGAAGAAAUGCCAACACUGUCUCCACAGCAGCCCAGACAGAUUAAAGAUUCCAGUACUAAGGAUUCGUUUCUGGAAUCAUGCAUGAACUAUUUCAGUACUUCAGGAGAAACUACUGCUGUCAGAUCAAAUUGUUCAGGAGACAACAUUCCAGAAGUACUUCAUGGAAUCACAGAAGGGGAAGGAUCAAGAACAGCUCUUUGUAAAUCCACAGAAGAUGAUGGAAUUGAGUCAGACAGUGGCAAUUUAACACACGGAGAAAGCAUAAACCAUGAAAACCCUGCUGAAACUUCUACCUGUAUUCAGUCAGCAACAGAUCCUGUGAUGUCUGACAGCAAAAGUGUUACAUGUGAUGUCAUGAAGGUGGCUGGAUGCUCAGAUGAAGAGAAACCAGAAGGACUGCAGAACACUAAGGAGACUCCAAAAAGAAAGUCACUGGAGCCACCAGCUGAAGCAGUGCUUGACUUGUGUGUGGUUGAUAAGAGGAGAAGAACCUUUCCAGAAAGUUUUGAAGAGCAAGGGGAGCAGAUAAAUUAUUUUAACUUGCAGAUGCAGAAAGCCUUUGAGCAGGAGCUCCAAGAAAGGCGUAUGCAAGAAGAACAGGACAGGCUUCUGGCUCUGCAGCUACAGAAACAGCUCAACAAGGAGGAAGGGACACUUAAUCGACAGAAGGGCUCUCCAGAUGAGUACCUUCUUCGCACCAAACCACCUCAGUCUGUGAAAGACUCUUCUGCUAGAAAGGGAAGUUCUAAAAUGGCAAAAGACUCAAAGGUACAAAAGAACCAGGCCGAAACAAGUCACCGCAAGACUCGAAAAGGUUCUUGCAAUGAAAACUGGCAGACCCCCACCAAAGCCCGAGUGAAACCGCCCAGCAUCAAAGGAGGAAAGGUUUUGAAUUGUGUGGUUAAUACCAGUGACACAAAUGAUCUUUGUUCACUACCUAAGAAUAAGCAAAAGACCAUUCUUCAGAUGUUUAAAAGCUCUGUCACAGAAUAGAUCAGCAGAACCACAGACAGGCAAUGGAACAAGAAUUAAAGCCAUGGCAAUGCUUUCUCUGGUGUUAGGCAAAUCUUUCAGUAAACAGUUUAAAAGUUGUUGGUUUUGAGGGGGAUCACUUUGGGCUGCAAAAUGUUGUAUGUUUUGAGAAGCUUUAAUAACAUAUGCCCCCAGACUAAAAAAAGUUUAAUCGGUCUUUUCUUGACUACAGCUUGUUUUCUAGCAGUUGCAUUUCUGUAAUUUUGGAUGUGGAUACUGUUACUGUUUAAACUGAAAAUAACUGACCCUAAAAUGAGAAUGUGGUGCCUUCUAUUUUUCAGAGGCAUGUAAGACAAGUGAAAAAAUGGUCUGUAUUUCCAGUUUUCUGCCAGCUGCAAGGUUGAAGCUUGAGUUGGCACAACCACUGUUCUGUUAAACUGAAACAUGUUACUAGAAUUCAGGCUCUUCGUUGAGUUGCAUUGUUCACAUGACAGCAAGGGUAUAAGUGGACAGCCAGUCUUGAAGACACUCUUUCCCUCUCGUAUACAAGCUACUUUCUUAGACAAAGAGGGGAAAACCAGGUGGUUCUCCACCGCCAGACCCAAGGAUCUUUCAUAGAUGCCAGUAGUUUAAGUGGUCACAGGUUUGUCUUUGCUCUGCAUAGGUCAGUUCUGCAGAUCUGGCUCUUGCUGUUGUUAGGAAAAAGGUACUUUUGGGUUGUUGUUGCUGCUGUUCUGCAGCUGGAUUCUUGUACAGUACUGUCACAUUUA